GCAGAGUCUCACAUGGUUUGACAUGGUGGCUCAUCUCUCAGAUGUGUGAAUGCUGACCAAAGGCAUCCUCAAUUUCUGUUGGCCUCAGAUACACAUAGGGUAAGGGACGUAUGGACUUGAGUGGACAUUAGUGGCCAAAAAAGUAGAGGAAGCCCAGAUUAAAUUGCAUUUUAGAUCAGUAACAAAUACCAUUUAGAUUUGGAAUUUCCUGGGCAGGAUUUGAGACACGUUUUUGAAAGUGUGCUCUUGCUUAUCUUAGCUUCCUGUAUUUCAUCUGCUAAAUCUGGCAGCUGGAUCUAUUACUCACAGUUCUCAGGGACACCGUGUACACACCACAGCCACUGCCCAAUAACUACUGGAGCUCUUUAUGAUUCAGAAAGGCUACUUGUUGUGUGCAGCUUGGUCUGAGGUCCUGUGAAAACAAAGAAUGAAGAUUGACCCCAGGAGGAGAUUCCCUGGUCUCCCAGCCCAUGCUAUGCAACCAUCACAAUAUAAUUAAAUUGCUGGGUUUAAAAUGGGACCAGAGCUGGCACAGCAUAGUCACCCACCCACACCCCUCUUCCCUGCCAAGCCGUCUGGAGUACUGUAAGAUAGAGUGCAGGGUGUGGCACAUAGUGUGUGGGGAGCACCAGAAAAUCAAUGUCCAGGACCAUUUUCUGUUUUAGAACACUGUUCUCUGAAAAUACAUGAAAUUCUUUACUGUGAAACCUGAAAUGUAUUUUCAUGUUAGAUUUGAUACUUGGGUGAGAGAAGCUUGUCAUACUGGGUGCCUUUCACAUAGCAGACACAAUGGAAAGUCCUGUUACCUGUCCCUGUCAGCCUGGCCUUAAAUUCUGAUUCAUAACUCACACUCAGGGACGUAUCCUUCACUAUACGCUUGUUGGUAGAGUCUGGUAGCAGGAAGUGACAAGUGAGCAGUAUAUACAUAGUCCAGCAGGCCCCACAAUCUGGGUCUCCACAACUCCUAUCUUCUCAACAGAGGCCUGCUUUCUCAUCAUUCCUGGUCUGAGUGUUCCAUUUGCAUGUUGGACAGUGACUUGCCAUGUGGACUCUGACAGGCAUUGUUUGGUGCCUUUAGAUGGCUCUCUGAGCAGCUUUGCAGAAGCUGUGUCUGGGACCAGCUGAGUGCCUAUGGCUCAAGGUGUUGAGAGACAACCUUGGAUCCUCAAGAGACCUCACUUUUCUCCACAGGUUGAGUAUGAGUCUUGAAUGAUAUCCCCUAGAUUAAGGUCCUAGUGGACUAGAGUUUCAAGAAUGAAAAUUCUGGGGGCAUUGUUGUCGCCUGCAUGAGAAGCCACAUUGUCACAAAGACAGCAUUGGUUCUGUCUCCAGAGAGUCUGUCAUUCAAUUAAUGUUCUGUAUGUUAUUUCCCUCACUCUCAGACAAGCAGCCAGUACCACUGCCCCUACAUCCUUCCACAGACCCACUGAUGACUAAUUAUGUCUUCCCAGCAUCCAUACCACAGUCUCCAGUCACUGUGUCCUGGGUGGCUCUCAUGAGCAGGGCCAUCUCUCCCUCCUGGUGGUUUGAUUGCAGCACAUAUAGAACCAUAUGUUCAGGGACUGUGCAUUCAGGAUACACCCAUGUUCACCGACACAGCCUAUGUGGGUUGUGUCCUUGGGCUGCUAUCCCCUUUAGCCUUUAAAUGAGAAUACAAUUUAAAUUUUCUUACCAUAACAGGUUCCUUACUACACAGACAGGAUUAACUGAGAUUUAAAAUUAUUUUUAGUUAAUCAGAAUAAAGCUCACUUCUUCUUUUUCCCGAGGCUCAAACUACAACUCCCAUCCUGAGCGCAGACAGUGUUACUCAUGGCUUCUGAGAACCAGUCAGUUGUGACCAUGUUCAUCCUGCAAAACUUCGUGGAUGACCCCUGGCUCCAGGAUGCCCUCUUCUGCUUCUUCUUUAUCUUGUUGACCAUGGCCAUAGUUGGCAAUGGCCUGAUUAUCACAACCAUCCACAGAAGUCCUAGCCUACACACCCCCAUGUAUUUUUUCCUAGUUAACCUUGCUUUGAUGGAUGUGAUCUGCACUGUGACUGUCCUGCCCAAGGUCCUGCAGAGCCUGGUGACAGAGAACACCAUAUCUUACGGGGGAUGUCUCACACAGAUGUUCAUCUUCUCUUGGGUCCUGGGCUCUGAGCUUCUGCUCUUCUCUGCCAUGGCCUAUGACCGCUAUCUUGCAAUCUGCCGGCCAUUGCACUAUGGAACUCUCAUGAAUGGCAGGGCUUGUGUGGCCCUUGCAGCCUUUGUGUGGUUCACAGGGGCUCUCAAUUCCUUGGUGCUCACUUGUCUGGUGUUGCCGCUGUCCUUCUGUGGUCCCAAUCUCAUCACACACUUUUUCUGUGAGAUCCCUUCUGUGCUCAUGCUGUCCUGUAGUCCCACCUUUAUCAACGACAUCAUGACUGUCAUUGCAGACAUGUUCCUAACUGGCCUGAAUUUCCUAUUGACCAUGACAUCCUACGGCUUCAUCAUCGCCAGCAUCCUGCGCAUCCGUUCAGCUGAGGGCAAGAAGCGAGCCUUCUCCACCUGCUCUGCUCACCUGAUUGUGGUCACCCUUUAUUAUUCCACUGUGCUCUAUACUUAUGUCCGACCAGCUCUAGGAACUGCUGGGCUCCUGGACAAGGCCAUUGCUGUUCUGUACACCACUGUGACCCCCUCUCUGAACCCCCUGAUCUAUACAUUGAGAAACAAGGAAUUCAAAACAUCCUUUAAAAAACUUUUAUUUCCCCAUUCAUGACUUUGAGUUGGAGAAGAGCUCUGGAAGCAGUGGGCAAGGAGCUAAAGAGAUCACUCAAGACCUUCUUUUAUGCAUCUCCUGAUUCUGGGGGACACAGGCUAAGUCAUGGUCUGAUUGAAGAAACAUCAUACUGUCUAUCAGAUAAUACCGGACUCCUAGUCUUUUGAGUGAUUUAGAUAAUUUUAACCAUUUCUGCUUUGGACAUAGAAUUGUGUGCUUACAAGUUCACUGUUAUUCAAUGUUAAGAUGUUUCUAUGACUCACUGAAUCAAAUGUAGUUUAGUAUAGACCUUUUAGUGAACCCCAUUUUUUGAUCUUCUGCAGAAAAGUCCAAGAAUGAAUGGUUACAGAGAUGAAGAACAACAAGUGUGCCCUAAGCACACUUGUUUUAGACAUUGGCUGGCCUGAUCUGACUGUUGUCAUCUUUCUUACUGUUAUCUCACAGUUUUCCCUGAUACUUGGUUCAUCCACCAUUUUGAGGGAAGAAAACGCUCAUAGGGGACCUGAGUUAUGGGCUGAGACUGAGAGUCUAUGAUCCCUAUGGAACCUUCCCUGACUCCAACAUCCAAAGAUGUGAGACCAGAACCAGAGACUGGAAUGAUGGCCUCUUCUCAGUCCCUAUGUCAUUACAGAACUUUUCGAAAUCACAACUCUAACUUGUACCUCAGCAUCUCUCCUGCCUCUAAAAGCUUUGUGUGACCUGACCACCCUUCAAGAGUUGCUAUUAUUCAACACUACAUAUUGUAUGUUAAUGAGUUCUGUUCCACUGUGACAGGAACUCAGAAAUAAAUAACCUAUCAAAUGCA